UUCAAAAAAAAUAAAAUGAACGGAAUCCGGGCACAAAAUUUUCCCAAAAUCCCAUCUUUCUCCAUUCCACUGCCAAAACCCCACCAAUCUCCCUCCAAAUCCAUCGGCGAAACCCUAACGAGCCUUCUGUCCCAGCUCGAUCAAUGCUCCUCCUCACCGUCAUCUCUUCCCCAGUUCCACGCCAAAGUCUUCAAAUCCCGCUUCUCCAACAACCCUUUCCUCCUCACUCGCCUAGCUCAUACCUACCUCUUCUUCAAAAACCUCGCUUUUGCCAAUAAAAUUCUCUUCAAUUUCCCCAAAAAAGCUCCGCUUUUCCUAUGGAACGAAACGAUCAAAGCGUUUUCGAGGAAUGGGCUAUUCCGGGAAUCCAUAGAUUUAUACUGUUUGAUGUUUUCGCGUGGUGUUCGACCAAAUGAGUUCACAUUCACGUUUGUUCUUCCGGCUUGUGCUGGGUUGAGGAGCAUUGAUGAAGGCCGCAGAGUCCAUGAAGAAAUUGAAAGGAUGGGGAUGGAGUCUAAUUUGUUUGUGGCGACGGCGAUCAUUGAUAUGUAUGGCAAAUGCCGGCAUAUUGGAUCUGCAAGGGAGGUGUUUGGUAGAAUGCCGCAGAGAGGUACUGCGGCUUUUAAUUCAAUGAUUGCUGGGUAUGUCUUAUGUGGUAAAUAUAAGGAAGCUUUGAUCACCUUUGAGCAAAUGCAAAAAUCAGAUGUAAAAUAUGAUGCAGUAACUAUGGUAAGUGUCCUCCAAGCUUGUUCCUCUGUAGGAGCCUUGCAACGCGGAAGAUGGAUACACGAAAAUUUGAUUAAAAAAUGUUUGGAGAUAAAUGUUCAUUUAGGUGCUGCUCUUAUAAAUAUGUAUGCGCGAUCUGGCAGCAUACAAGAAUCAAGAAUAGUCUUCAAUGGAAUGCACAAGAGAGAUCUCAUCUGUUGGACUGCAAUCAUCUGUGGUUAUGGAAUGCAUGGGCUUGCAAAAGAUGCAGAGAUGCUAUUUAACCAGAUGGUGGAAUCUGGUAUUGAGCCAGAUUGUAUCACUUUUGUGGGAAUUCUAUCUGGUUUCAGCCACAAAGGAAUGGUUAAUGAGGGCCAGAAAUACUUCAAGAAGAUGACUGAAGAGUAUUGUAUUGUGCCUACAUUAGAGCAUUGCAGUUGUAUGGUUGAUUUGCUUGGCAGGGCAGGAAGACUGGAAGAGGCUGAGAGGUUCAUUAAGAAGAUGCACAUCAAACCAGAUGCUGGUAUCUGGGGUGGAUUGUUGAAUGCAUGCAAGAUCUACAGCAAUGUUGGCAUGGCUGAGAGGCUUGUGGAAGAAAUCUUGAAGCUUGAUCCCAGCAAUGCAGGUUGGUAUGUUCUCAUGUCCAACAUCUACGCAGCUGCGAAGCACUGGAAUGGUGUUGCGAAGAUGCGGCGCCUGAUGCGGGAGAGGAAGGUUUCAAAGCUUCCAGGGUGGAGCUCAAUAGAGAUAGCAGGGGGAAUACAUUAUUUCGCCGCAUUCGAUAAAUGUCAUCCGAAGAUAGAGCAGAUCUGUAAAUUCUUGAAGGAUUUUGAGGAGAGGAUGCGAGCAGAGGGUUAUGUUGUAGAAACCGAUUGCGUGUUGGUGAACUUGAAUGAUCAGGAAAAAGAAGAGAUGCUUUGUGGGCAUAGUGAAAGAUUAGCUAUUGGUUUUGGAAUUCUGAGCAGCAAGGAAGGGGAGGUGUUGAGGGUGAUGAAGAACUUGAGGGUGUGUGUGGAUUGUCAUACAGCAACUAAGUUCAUAUCAAAGAUUGCUAAGAGGAAGAUCAUAGUCCGAGACACAAAAAGGUUCCACCAUUUUGAAGAUGGGGUGUGCUCUUGUGGAGAUUAUUGGUAAUACUUAUAUCAAUUUUUUCAUUUGUGGUAUUUAAUGCCUAUUCUUUCUCCAUAAAGAUGGCAUAGAGAUCAAAGAAUAAACAAAAAUCUUUGACAGCCUCAUUGUCUAUGUAAAGGGUCUAAAGAUACAAGGAUUUUCAUGUCUCGAGCUUGUAGGCAAAAUUUUCCUUGAAUCUGGGAGAUGGGCCUCAACAAACAGUUCUCGAGAGAUCAAAUUGUGAAUGUUGAUACCAAUUGUGAGCUGUUUUUCUUUUCUUUCCCUUCAAAAACCCUUAUAUAUUGUAAAAUGUGUUGUAAAUUUUAUCAA